UCCGCCACUCUCUCCUCUCAUCCAUUGCGUUUCUUGCUUUCGGUUUGCUUGCGAAGAAAACUAAGGAAGAUAGAAUAAAACAAAGUUUCGAGUCGGUUCUGGGAUUUUCUGGUGGUUCUAGUUUUAAAAUGCGAACGAACAAACUGAACAUUUGGACUGAGGAAAACAGCUCUAUCAGGUUAAAUUUGGAGAAAGAGGCUUUGGUUUUUCUUGUCCUAAUUAACGAAAUGUAUACGAUUCAGCAAUUAGAACUCUUCUGUUUGGUUGCCGAGAAAAUCUUAGAGAAGAGGAGAAAAUACAGUUCUCUCUACAAUGCAUCAUGCUGUUCUCGUUUCCGAAAUACUGUAAACUGAACCUACUCGACCAAGUCAACUGUCCGUCCGGGCUUAGUUUACAUGGCAUGCAUUCAACACGGCCAUCGAGUUGGAGUUUCUUUUUAUGAUCCCAGUAUUCGCCAACUUCAUGUGCUUGAAGUUUGGGAAAGUGGUAGCACGGAAUUUCCCUUGAUUGAUCUAGUAAAAUAUCAAGCAAAGCCGCUGAUCAUUUACACAAGCACUAAAAGUGAAGAAUUCUUUUUGUGUGCUUUACAACGUAGUGAUGGAACAACCGAGGCUCCCACUGUGAAGCUUGUGAAAAGUUCAAUUUUCAGCUAUGAGCAAGCAUGGCACAGGUUGAUAUACCUUCGAGUGGCAGGAAUGGAUGAUGGAUUAAACAUCAAAGAGAGGGUUUGUUAUCUGAGUUCCAUGAUGGACAUGGGAAGUGAUGUUCAAGUUCGUGCAAGUGGGGGUCUUCUUGCGAUAUUGGAGAAUGAAAGGAUUGUGGAUACCCUGGAACAAAAGGAAUGUGGCAAUGCAUCAAUCACAAUUGAUUCCGUGAUAGAAAUUUCGCUAAACAAUUUUCUCAAACUCGAUGCAGCAGCUCAUGAGGCAUUACAGAUUUUCCAAAUAGACAAACAUCCUAGCCAUAUGGGCAUUGGUAGAGCAAAAGAAGGGUUCUCUGUGUUUGGCGUGAUGAAUAAGGUUUGCAGAAGUUCUUUGGAUUAUAAUCUUGUGUUAUCUUUGCAUAUUGAACUGAUUCGUUGGUCCUCAAUGCAGUGCGUAACACCAAUGGGUAGACGCCUCUUGAGAAGCUGGUUCCUGAGGCCUAUACUAGACAUUGAAAAUUUAAACAGAAGGCUCAAUGCGAUAUCUUUCUUUCUUUUAUCUGAAGAUCUGAUGGCUUCUUUACGUGAAACUCUGAAGUCUGUAAAGGACAUUCCCCACAUACUCAAGAAAUUCAACUCUCCAAGCUCUAAAUGCACAUGCAGCGACUGGAUAGCUUUUCUAAAGAGUGUUAGCUCACUAUUGCAUAUGAGCAAGAUAUUUGAAGUGGGGAUUUCUGAAAGUCUUAGAGAGCAUGUGAAGCAUUUCAACUUGGACAUUGUUGAGGAGGCUGCUUCAUACAUUCCAACAGAGCUAGCUUACAUCUAUGAAUUGGUAAUUGGCGUUCUUGAUGUCAAUAGAGGUAAAGAAAAGGGUUAUGAAACCAUCGUGAAAGAGUGUUUUUGUGGUGAGUUGGAUGAGCUGAGGCAAAUAUAUGAGGAACUACCAGAAUUUCUGGAGGAGUUGUCAUCAUUGGAACGGGCACAACUUCCUCAUCUAUGUAAAGACAAGCUUGUUCCUUGUAUUGUUUAUAUACAGCAAAUAGGAUACUUGAUGUGCUUUUUUGAAGAAAACCUUGAUGAAGCCACACUGGUGGAACUUCAAGAUUUUGUGUUUGCUUUCUCUGAUGUGGAUGGGGAGACAAAAAGAUUUUUUUACCGCACCCCAAAGACAAGAGAACUGGAUGACCUGCUUGGAGAUAUCUAUCAUAAAAUCCUAGAUAUGGAGAGGGCAAUUACUAGAGAUUUGGUGUCACAUAUUCUUCUAUUCUCAACCCAUUUGCUCAAGGCCAUCAAUUUUGCAGCCGAACUUGAUUGCCUUUUGUCAUUAGCACUUGUUGCUCGUCAAAACAAUUAUGUAAGGCCUACUUUGACUACAGAAAGCUUGCUCAAUAUUCAAAAUGGAAGGCAUAUUUUGCAGGAAAUGACAGUAGAUACAUUUAUUCCAAAUGACACCAAGAUACUUGAUGAUGGAAGAAUUCAAAUAAUCACUGGUCCUAAUUAUUCGGGGAAAAGUAUCUAUGUAAAGCAGGUAGCUUUAAUCGUUUUCCUUUCCCACAUUGGAAGUUUUGUUCCUGCAGAUGCUGCAACUGUGGGUUUGACUGAUAGGAUAUUCUGUGCAAUGGGAAGCAAGUUUAUGACUGCAGAACUGUCAACUUUCAUGAUUGAUCUACAUCAAGUAGGGAUGAUGCUAAGGCAUGCAACUUCACGAUCUUUGUGUCUACUGGAUGAGUUUGGUAAAGGUACUCUUACAGAAGAUGGCAUCGGGCUGCUUGGUGGAACCAUAACUCACUUUGCCACAUGUGAUGACCCCCCAAAGGUUCUUGUGUGUACUCAUUUGACUGAGAUAUUUGAUAAGAGUUGCCUACCAAAGUCUGAGAUGAUCAACUUUUACACCAUGAGUGUGCUGAGGCCUGACAACAAUUCUACGAAUAUCGAAGACAUCGUGUUUCUAUAUCGGCUUGUUCCCGGACAUGCACUUCUAAGCUAUGGGCUGCAUUGUGCACAACUUGCAGGUGUCCCUGGGGAAGUCAUAAAGCGAGCUGCAUUUGUAUUGGAUGCUAUCGGGAAUAAUAAGCAUGUUGAGCGAUUGUGCAAUAAGAAUAUAUCAGCUCAAGAUCAGCAAUACAAGGAUGCAGCGGACAAGAUUUUGGCGUUUGAUGUUUUCAAGGGGGACCUCAGCCUUUUCUUUCAGGAUAUAUUUCCAUCUUAAUCGUGAAGAUAAUGAAGGUGUCCUCUCCUUCAAUUACAUUCUCCGAAGGAACACGAUCUGUUUUAUCGCAGCUUGAUGUGGCCAUGCCACGUGGUUGAAGUGAUAAAAAACAAAAGCAAAAAUGAAAAGCUAGAGAAAUGGAAGCCCUCGUCCCCGAGCUACCGAAACAGGACAAUCUGUCCAAAAUCAAUCCACUUUUCCAGCCAUUGCUGCUGGUGAACUUGGCAUCACUAUGAGAUCAAGCAAAUGGCUUACUGCGGCGAAAAAAGUGUUCGUAGUUUACAUGUGGGGUUCUGUUGUUUCGAUACUCCCUUAUUUCAUCUGUUAAAUACCCCAUUGCACUCCAACAAUCAGCUUUCUAGUCUGGUUUUGCUCUCAAGCUUCAGCCUCCUAAUCUUGUGUUUGAUUUUGGGUUCUUCAUUUUACUACGUCAAUGCCUCUUAGACUCAAAAACGAGAUUGGGCUCUCAUUAAUUUUGCUACAGCUGAAAUUGGAGCUUUGCUAACGGUCCCAAUGUGUUUGAUGGCUCAACACAUUGAUGACUCAAAUAGAUGCUUGAUGUUAGAUCUACAACUUUGCAGAAAAUUUCACGGCUGGCUUGUAAUCAAGAUCUGGGUUGGGUUUACGCUGGCUGCCUUUUUAAUGUUGAGAGGCGUACCUACUUGGAGGUUAAGGUGGUGCUACUGUUGGUGACAUAUGGAAUUUCUGUGUUUGUCCUCUUAACUAAUCUCACGUGGUUUGGUUGGUUUGAAAUGUCAUGUUUAGUUAGUUC